CUUCUUAUGGUUUUCCUGAUGUGGAGGAGGGAGAAUAAAAUAAAGAGAAGGUGGGGCUUUAGGGGUGACUGCUCUUCCCUCCUCCCACAGGAGCCUGGGGGUCUGGCCUUUGCUGCAUGUCCCUGCGAGGAGCUUGGACUCCAUGAUCUCUCACCCUAAGGCUCUAGUGGCAAGAAGAUUUCUGAGGGAGGAUCCCCUCUAAAGAUACUGCGGAACUCUGUCCAACAGCAGUGGGGAGAUGGGGGAACGUACUUGUUUUCUGAUCUGUUUGGUGGGAGAGUUGAAGUGCCUCAUCGUCUGCCCAGGCCAGUAGGAGGUGGGAGUAGACACAAGGGAGAAUAGUAUGGUAGAUGAAACCUCUCUUAGCUCAACCUGGGCGAGCUUUUGGGACCCUUGUCCGGAGGAGGGCUCUGAAAACCCUAGGGGAAGAGAGGGAGGGGAAUCAGUGAGCAUCAGGCAAACCCUGUGAGACAGUGGUCCUCCUUUUACCCCAGUUUCUCUAUUUUCUUUGAAGCUGGGUACCCAACUCAUUUCAUGGCCAGGCUACAUCAGUGGUGUAGUGAGGCAGGGAUCGUAGCUCCUGAAAGCCUGCCGAAGAGACUAAAACAAGUCAGGCUUCCUACGGGGGCCUAGUAGGAUACUCUCCAGGGGAUCGUUUACCUGGGCAGGACUGGGAGGUACCAAGAAGAGUUGAUUAUUCGUUCAGCACGUAUUUAUCGGAUAUCCACCAAAUGCCAGGUUUUGUGCUACAGUCUGUUGCUCCUGUUCAUGUAGAGCAGGAUCUAGAAGUGGUGAUAAGGGCAGUGGGAGAAGAUAAAGAAAGUAAGCGAAUUGGCCAAAAUUAAGAUUGUGGUAUGGGUGCUGAGACUGAGUAAAGCUGGCAAGUCUGAAGAGGCUCUCUGAGUGGGUGACACAUAAUUUAUGACCCGAAGGAGAAGGAGCCAACCCUGGUGUAGAAAGAGUGAUCCAGACAGGGCACUAAUAUUCACUCAUUUACUCAUUCAUUCCUAUGUUUCUAUGAGCCUGCUAGAUGUUCUAGUUAGUUCUAGAACACAGAAGGACACUACAAGAGAAUUCCUUUCUUCUCAUGGAGUUUUGCUCUACUGGAAGGAGACAGAAAACAUCCACUAACCCGGAAGUGGUGAAUGCUGUGAAGAGCGUGAAAACAAGCUUGUGGCACAGAAAAUGACUGUGGAUGAAAGGACUAUUGCAGAAUGGUUGGUGAAGGAAGAGUGCUCAGAGACUUGAAUCCUGAGAAGGAGCCAGCUGUGCAAAGGUCUGGAGGAAGAAUGUUCCAGAUAGAGAGUGGGAAGUGGGAGUCGGUUUAGUAAAUUCGAGGCAAAUGGCUCGAGUGAUGGACAGUGAAACACACGGAGCAGCUAAUGAAGGCUGUGGAAAGCGUUUCAGAUGAUGGAUACUCAGCCUGUGUAUCUGAGGACUGAAUUGAAAGGACCUGAUGACAGUUUGGAUGCAGGGCAGGAGUGAAGGAAAAGCACAACUUUUAAAAUUUUAGUUCCAGCAACUGGAUGGAUUUGGCUCCAUUGAUAGAGUUGGGCUCCUAGACCCAGUUGAAGAACCUACAUAAAAACUACAAUGACGAGGGGCGAUGUUUUCCUUCUCCUAACAGAUGAAAGGCUAUGUUUUCCACUAAUCGUGGAACUGUUGGAGGCUUCUUCUUAGCAGGCCGAAGUAUGUCAUGGUGGCCGAUUGGGGCCUCUCUCUUCGCCAGUAACAUUGGAAGUGGUCAUUUUGUGGGGCUAGCUGGGACAGGAGCAGCUUCAGGCAUUGCUAUUGGAGGCUCUGAAUGGAACGCCCUGAUUGUGGUGGUUGUGCUGGGUUGGGUGUUUGUCCCUAUUUACAUUAAGGCUGGGGUAGUGACAAUGCCAGAGUAUCUGCGGAAGAGGUUUGGAGGCAAGCGGAUCCAAAUCUACCUUUCUCUUCUGUCCCUGUUGCUCUACAUUUUUACCAAGAUCUCGGCAGACAUUUUCUCCGGGGCCGUAUUCAUCAAUCUGGCCCUGGGCCUGGAUAUAUACGUGGCCAUCAUCAUCUUAUUGGCGAUCACUGCCCUUUACACAAUCACAGGGGGCCUGGCGGCUGUGAUAUACACGGACACCUUGCAGACAGCGAUCAUGCUGGUGGGGUCUUUCAUCCUGACUGGGUUUGCUUUCAGCGAAGUGGGAGGGUAUGAAGGCUUCAUGGAAAAGUACAUGAAAGCAAUCCCAACCAUAGUUUCUGAUGGAAAUACCACUAUCAAGGAAGAAUGCUACACCCCGAGGCCUGACUCCUUCCAUAUGUUCCGGGAUCCCAUCACAGGGGACAUUCCGUGGCCCGGGCUUAUCUUUGGGAUGAGCAUCAUUGCCCUGUGGUACUGGUGCACAGAUCAGGUCAUUGUGCAGCGCUGCCUCUCAGCCAAGAACAUGUCUCACGUGAAAGCCGGCUGUACCUUGUGCGGCUACCUCAAGCUCCUGCCAAUGUUUCUCAUGGUGAUGUGCGGAAUGAUCAGCCGCAUCCUGUACACGGAAAAAAUCGCCUGUACCGUCCCCUCAGAAUGUGUGAAACACUGUGGUACCUCAGUUGGCUGUACCAACAUUGCCUACCCAACCUUGGUGGUGGAACUCAUGCCUGAUGGGCUGCGAGGCCUGAUGCUGUCCGUCAUGAUGGCCUCGCUCAUGAGCUCCCUGACCUCCAUCUUCAACAGCGCCAGCACCCUCUUCACCAUGGAUAUCUACACCAAGAUACGGAAGAGAGCAUCUGAGAAAGAGCUCAUGAUUGCAGGAAGGUUGUUUAUCCUCUUGCUCAUCGGCAUCAGCAUCGCCUGGGUGCCCAUUGUGCAGGUAGCGCAGAGUGGGCAGCUCUUUGAUUACAUCCAGUCCAUCACCAGUUACUUGGGACCCCCCAUCGCAGCUGUCUUCCUGCUUGGUAUUUUCUGCAAGAGAGUCAAUGAGCCGGGAGCCUUUUGGGGAUUGAUCCUAGGAUUUCUAAUUGGGAUUGCCCGUAUGAUUACUGAGUUUGCCUAUGGAACUGGAAGCUGCACAGAGCCCAGCAAUUGCCCCACAAUUAUCUGUGGAGUGCACUAUUUAUACUUUGCCAUCAUCCUCUUUGUUAUUUCUGUCAUCACCAUCCUGGCCAUCUCCUUUUUCACCAAGCCCAUUCCAGAUGUGCAUCUCUAUCGUCUGUGUUGGAGCCUGCGCAAUAGCAAAGAGGAGCGUAUUGACUUGGACGCAGGAGAGGAGGUCAUCCGAGAAGACCCGAAAGAGACCAUUGAUACAGAAGUUCCCGAGGAGAAGAAAGGAUGCUUCCGGAGAGCCUAUGACCUAUUCUGUGGGCUGGACCAGAAAGGACCCAAGCUGACCAAAGAGGAGGAGGAGGCCAUGAAAAUGAAGUUGACAGACACCUCUGAGAAGCCUUUGUGGAGGACAGUAACAAACAUCAACGGCAUCAUCCUGCUGACCGUGGCUGUCUUUUGCCAUGCAUACUUUGCAUAAGUCCUGCCUUCUGCUGUAGACUUUGCAAGAUGGCAUCUUUACCACCUCCCUUUGGUCCCAUUCUGGGGUUCCAUUCUGAAGGGAAACUGGUCUGUUGUAAACUUUGCCCAGACAGAUGAACAUGUACAUGUGUAAUUAUAGGCAAGCUGGAGAAAAACUGUUAUUUUGCUGUUAACUUAUGUAUUU